AUGUUGGUGUGCGCGCAUCAACUCCGAUGGUUCGCCUUGCUGGCCAUCUUGGGAUGCGCCCUUCCCGAAUCCUGCUCGCAGCGCAGGGGGGCGGUUCCACGGCCCAACAAGGAGGGGAGGCUGGGGUUCGAGGAGAUCGUCUUCAAGAAAGUCUACUCGCGUGCUGACACGCCGAAAACUCCUUCCAAGUCGAACAGAACUCGACUCGCCCGAACUCCCAGGGGGCGCGGGAAGCGCGAGGAAGCGUCGGAGGCGUCGGGGAGGGAGACGACCCUGGAGGCAGUGAAGCCUGCGGCUGCAGCUUCCAACGCCUCCUCCAAGACAGGAAGCAGGACCGUCAAGUUUGUGAACGUGUCCAAGGGAUCGCGUUCGCACGGGGCGUCAGCCAGGAAGGCGAAGAAAGAGUCGAAGCGCCUUCGGUCGGAGAACAGCCAGAUGAACUCGGAAUCAAACCUGAUGCUCAGUGAGGCAGAGACAGACUACAAGUCAGAGUUCACCGACGUCGAAGACAGUCAACAAGUGUACGACAGCUGCAGAGACCCUGAAGUUGACAGGAUCUUUCCGCCCCUACACAACCAGACAGGCGGGGCGAAGGGCAUCAGCGUGAAGUGGGAUGUACCAAACUCCACCAUCAUGCAAGAUGACACGAUGAAUCAUGAAGGUAGCGAAGGAGUCGAUGAUGGCUCCUUUGCUCCUUCCACCGCAGAUCCCAGCGAUGACGAGCUGGUUUCGAAUGCUCCUGGCUUAGACGAAGAGUGCCCGCAGGAAGAAGUGCCAUCGCAACCAUCAGGGCUGACGAGGAUGGGACUUGGGAUCUUACGUUUGAUUCGAACAUCUGUUCUAGGAGAGUUGUCACCCAUCAAGGAAGCUAAAGCAGAGAACGUGAACGACAGCCAUGCUACGAUCAAGGUGUUUGUCUCCAGACCGAGCGAGGAUUCGCCCCAUGCCUUGUCGCCUUUGAUGCCGAGUCAACAGUUGGGGCCGGAGAACGUGACAAAGAACCAGUUCGCGCUGCCAACUGUUGGAGGAUUGUUCCACAACAUCGUGUCCUACCUGGCAAAGAACAACACUGAAAGUCGAAAACAGCUUGUCGUUCAUGAGACUGCAAGGGGAGCGCAAGAGAAGAAAAUUGUAGAGAAGGUUGAGUUGGAGGAACCAUCCUACAUCACUGUCAAGAUCAAAGACGAAUGCAAGGAUGACAAGGAACCCUCUGAGCUGAAAAUCUUUCCGAUCCGUGAGAAUAAGGCUGCUCGAACAAAGCGGAAUGUGAAGUGCGUAGUGGACGAAGGGGUUCCAGGCACACCAUUCGGAUCGAAAAUCGUCCGCGUAGUGGGCGUGAGACCGACUACCUACAGACUGUACCAAGAUAACGAGGAUCGUCGCAGGGAAUCCGAGAGAGAGAAUGAGAGAAAGCAAGCUUUCAAGAUGUUCGGAGGGAUUUCCAAGAAGGCACGAUUCUCGAAGCCGAAGAAGACCGGCAUCUCGUGGUUUUGGGGGUCGCAAACCCAAGACAAGGCGGCAAAGAGCAAGUACAACUACUCCAACAUGCUCAAAGGAAGCAUCAGAUCCAGCAGCAAUGCCAAGAGAGGAGCUGUCUACAAUAGCAAGAUAUGGGAGAGGCCUCAAUCGGCUGUGAAUAUGUCGCCUGUUGGGAGCUCCUUCAAGCAACAAGUGUUGGAGGCUCAGGACACUUUGGGUUUCAACCCUCUCAUGUCACAAGCCAAGGAACUUCCGGUUGGAAGUGCGCGGGAGUCUCUCAAGAAAGGCUCAAGUUUCUUGAACGAGUCUCCAGGAGCAGAGUCAAAGCUGCUGGGGCAGAACAAGAUAGCGAGGGCGGAGAUGCUUGGUUUCUAG